AUGUAUCUCGAUAAUAUUUCAUCAACGGAUACGUUCUUAUUUUACAACUGCACAUAUCCUUGGUUUGGCUCAUUUUGUGAGUAUCGUUUCGAUCAACCACAAUCAUCUUUUGCAGAACAAGUUGAAAAGAGUAUCAUCAUAAUGAAGGAUUGCGAACCGGAUUUUGAAAAUUUACCGUGUUAUACACAUCUACAAUGUGAUCGAGCAGGCGAUCAUGGUCAAACACCUAGUGUAUGUCUCGAUUGGCGUGAAAUAUGCGACGGAAAAAUGGAUUGUCUCGACGGUGGUCAUGACGAAGAAUAUUGUUGGCAGUUGGAAAUAAAUGAGUGUGAUCGUGAAACUGAGUUCCGGUGUCAUAAUGGAUUGUGCAUUCCAAUAGCUUUCCUACAUGAUGACUUGAAAAAUGCUGAUUGCCUAGAUCGAACUGACGAACCUCAUGCCAUUGAUAUUAUCAAUAAACCUGCCGGAGCUUACGAAUUUCUAAAGAAAUGCUCAAGUAACCUUAGCUUUCGAUGUGAAGAACACAUGUGUCGACCAUUUCAGGAAAUCGAGUUCUUGUUAUCACAAGGUGAUGGUCUUUGCGGUAGUCCGUUUUUUGCGGCCGACAAGCGGUUGUUGUCUAUAAAAAGAGCACUCAUCUCAACAGCGAAUCUUUCAGAUAGUUGUCGUGUUGCAUUUCAGUGCCUGACAAUGUUUACAGCAGCAGAUUAUAACUCUGAUCUAUAUUGCGAUUACGAUAAUAGAGAGCUCUAUGCACGGAUUGUCAAACAAGAUUGCCCAUCAUUAAUAAAGUUUCCACCAUUUUUAUUCGGUCAUGUUCGCUUGAUAUAUACGAAUGAUCAACUUGAAGUAAGUGAAACAGUCAAGUAUAUUACUGUAAUAUAUCUUCAUUUGACGGCACAAGCACUAGAUCAUUCUAUAGUACAAUUGUUAUCGGUAACGGCGAUCGGCCGGUAG